AUGUCAGACAGAGAGGGACACGUGGGAGGCCCCUCGGACGAGGAUCUCUCCCUCCCAAAAGCCACUGUCGCAAAGAUGAUCAAUGAACUGCUACCGCCGGAGGUGACGUGCGCGAAGGAGACGCGUGAUCUGGUCAUCGAAUGCUGUGUAGAAUUCAUCCACCUGAUCUCAUCAGAAGCAAACGAAAUAUGUGAACAAGAGUCGAAGAAGACGAUAGCACCUGAGCAUAUCAUAAAUGCACUAAAGCGCCUAGGCUUCGAUUCAUUCACUGCCGAAGUGGAGGACGUCCUUAAAGACCACAAACAGCAGCAAAAGGAUCGCGAGCGGAAAGCAGACAAGAUCAAGGACUCUGGUAUGACGCAAGAAGAACUUGAGGCAAAACAAGCGGAACUAUUCGAACUCAGUCGUCAGAAAUUUGGCCAGUCCGCGCAGAAGUGA